CGGAUCUUUAUUUACUCUCUUUGUCAAACUCCAUUCAUAUUUAUGACUGUCUUUUCUCUUCGACACUGUCUUUUCUUGGCUAUGUUAUUCAUCACAGAACCAUUAGUCUCUCUCAAGAAAAAAAGGACUGGUAUUAGACCAAGAAAGGCCAUGGGCUGUGUAGGGAAAGUAUUCAGUAAGUUCAUCACCAACACCAGGAGGGUUAGAGAAGCUCAAAAUGGAAAGUGGCUAUGUGGGAAAAGGAGAUAUCGCUGGCCAUAGAAGAUUCACUGGGCAGAGAUACUCUAGCAAGCUCCCUAAGCCUGAACAACCAACGAGGAAAUAUAAUGGUGGUCGUGCUGGUAAUGGUGAAGAGAGGCAAUUGAGUGACACAGGCCAAAACGACGUCGUUUAAUGACUGCCAAUAUUAAAAAGAAAAUUUGACCGGGUCUCACCCGGGUUGACCGGGUGGACCGGGUCCCGGCGGGCCGACCGGGUUUUAAAACACUGUGAAGUGUAUGAAGCCCCUCUUUUUUUUAUUUGAACCUGCAGGACCACCGAGAGUGUGUUUCGUUCUCGCUCCUCCAGCCCUGCACAUAACCUGUUUGAUUAAUUGCCUGAUUUAAAGCUGCAAUGCAAACUUUGCUCUUUUUUCCUUCGUUCUUCUUAUAGAAUUAAGUCUCUGAGUUCUAAAGAUAUAUUUUAUCAAAUGUUGGCAUUUGGAACGAUAAAGACUACAGUUUUAUCAUUCAAAGUACUGAAACUCCCAUCUUCAAAAAUUGAAGGAUCUAGGCAGUUAAAGUGUAAAGCUUCAAAAAUGGAGCUUACUAUAACUCAACCUGAUGAUUGGCAUCUUCAUUUACGUGAUGGUGAACUUCUUCAAGCUGUUGUCCCUCACAGUGCUAGUUUUUUUGGGAGGGCGAUUGUGAUGCCAAAUUUGAAGCCUCCUAUUACUUCAACUGCUGCUGCUGUUGCUUACCGUGAAUCUAUCUUGAAAGCAUUGCCUGCCGAUAGUGAUUUUAGUCCAUUGAUGACACUUUAUUUGACAGAUACUACAAGCCCUCGUGAGAUCAAGCUUGCAAGAGAAAGUGGAGUAGUUUUUGCUGUGAAGUUGUAUCCUGCUGGGGCUACAACAAAUUCUCAAGAUGGUGUUACUGAUCUUUUUGGAAAAUGUCUACCUGUGCUAGAGGAGAUGGCUGAGCAGAAUAUGCCCUUACUGGUUCAUGGAGAAGUUACAGAUCCCAAUGUUGAUGUGUUUGAUCGUGAAAAAGUCUUCAUUGACACUAUUUUACAGCCUUUAAUCCAAAGGCUUCCACAGCUAAAGGUUGUAAUGGAGCAUAUCACUACAAUGGAAGCUGUUAGGUUUGUCGAGUCUUGUAGUUAUGGAUCUGUGGCGGCAACUGUUACUCCACAGCAUCUACUUCUCAAUAGAAAUGCUAUCUUUCAAGGAGGAUUGCAGCCACACAAUUACUGCCUUCCAGUGCUCAAACGAGAAAUUCACAGGCAGGCUAUUGUUUCAGCUGUGACUAGUGGAAAUAAAAAAUUCUUCCUUGGAACUGACAGCGCACCGCAUGAGAAACGAAGGAAAGAAUGUCCUUGUGGAUGUGCUGGAAUUUAUAAUGCCCCUGUUGCUAUAUCACUAUAUGCCAAGGUUUUUGAAGAGGCUGGUGCACUUGACAAGCUGGAGGCAUUUACAAGCUUUAAUGGACCAGAUUUCUAUGGACUUCCAAGAAACACCUCAAAGAUCAAACUGACUAGGACUCCAUGGAAGGUUCCAGAGUCUUUCUCAUUUUCAUUUGGAGAUAUUGUUCCAAUGUCUGCAGGUGAAACACUUGAGUGGCAGCCAUCCUCCAUUUGAUUUACAUUAUGCAGUGGAAAACGUUGUUGUGUAGUUCUUGUUUUGCUUCAUUUAUUAUCUCCACUUGUUUCUCUUGAACAAGGGAUCGUAAGUUUUUUUUUCCCAAGAAGUUGACAGCCUUGCACCAUUCUGCAUAUGCGAUGGAUCGGGUUAUAGAUUAUUAACUACCGCAAUUUUUAUUUUCUAUGUAAUAAUUAGAAACCAAUUUAAAUGUUCUUUUAAAGUUUGUUACGAACAUUGGACUUAGCCUA